UGUUUUCUCCAUGUGCUGCUGUGUCCAAGUGGUGUUAUGUAAGCUACUGCUGCUGCUUCACAUCCUUAUGAGGAGACGAGAUCUGUUUGGGUCUGAACGACAUAUGCUUUAAAACUCACAUUCAAGUCCAACUGAGGCAAACUUGUCACUUUUCUUUGAUAUUUAACUCUAACAACAACUCACAGCAGUGUGGGUUUAAAAUGAACUGGGAACAAGUUUAAACUUCGAGAUGGGCAGCGGAACGAGUCGCGGAACUAAAGUGGCACCUGCGGGGCUCGGCGGCGAGGCUAAGAAAGCCUCUUCUACGGCCAAACGAGACGCUUUCGACGCCUUGAGGACCCACGCCGGUCGCCGAGCACCUGUGGACUGUCACAGCGCCGGUCACGACUCGGAGCUCUCCGGGGACGACGACGACGCGGACGCCGAGCUGGACGCUGAGAUGGCCGGCUACGACGAGGCGGGAACUGCGGUUCGGCGGAAGGGCAAGAAGAACCCGGCGCCGUCUAAGAAGGCGUUCACGAGGUCAAGGACAUAUGGGCUGUGUCACUUCAGUAGCGGGGAGGAAGAUGAGCAGCCGCGGGGGGCGUCGUCGUCCUCCUCUUCCGGCCUCGGUGGGGCACAGGGGCCACAAGGCUCCCGGGGAGCAGCCAGCAACAAGUCGGACCGUGAUGCCUUCGCAUCUCCGCAUAAUCGUUCUCCUCAAGCCAUCUUGACAACAGGACCAACUGAGGAAGAUGUUCCCUUAUCACAAACUCAGAUCACUUCCGGUCACAGUACACCCCUCGCCACGCCAGUCAUUCUAUACGACGGCUCUGAAGAGGAACUUAUGGACACCAUUGAAAGGGAGUUUAGUUGACCCCUCAUUUGUACUUAACACUACAGUUACUGUGUGUUCACUUUUUUUUUUUUUAACUAAACAAUACUGCUGAAAGGUUACAAUUUUGUAACAGUACACAGCAUCACAGAGACAAUUCACUGAUGUCCAUCCUUUAUUUGGUUAAUAAAAUAGAUUUUAUUUUUUUUUGUCUCGAAGCUAUUGAAGCAUGGCUUGCAGUGUGUUCCUAUGGAUAUAAAAGUGUUACAACGUAAGAGCAGGGCAAUCGGUGAGGCCAAGCAGCAAAAAGCAAGGCGUGUGCCGCCGACUAUGUUUAUUUAAGGUUUCCUUCCUGACCACUGUUAAAGCAGCACUUCUCCACCCUCUGAAGGAAGGAAUGUGUGCCAAAUGGGUCUCAUCAUUGGACCGAAUUGCUGUUUAUUCUUCAGGAUUUAAGCUCUGCCAGCAUCUAGUGGCGAUUUCUAAAUUGGAAUUUAUCUGUGCUUUGAUUGACAAGUACAGUACUGUAUAUAUAUCUGGGCUGUAGCAAUACAAACGCGUAUUGUUACAGGCUUUCUGUUGCAAUAUUACAUGAAGGAACUAAUAUAAGAACAUUUUCAUUUAAAAAAUUGACAUUUUUUGUACAAUAAAGUUUUAAU